AUGACUUCAGCUAUCAUUGCAGUAGCUCCCCCGGAACAGGGACUCCAAAGCUCCCGCGAGGAAACACAUAUGUCGACCGAAAACGAUGCGGCAGAUGCGGCGCUGGAUGGCUCCUCACGGAAGAGGAAGAGAACUCGGAAAGUUCAGACGGAUCGCAAAUUUGAAUGUACCUUUGAUGGGUGUGGGAAGAGUUAUUCGCGCGCAGAACACCUGUACCGUCAUCAGCUGAAUCAUACCCCAAAACAGAUCUACCGAUGUGAUUUUCCCGACUGCUACCGAUCUUUUGUCCGACAGGACCUGUGCCUGCGCCAUCGUGAACGACACACGACGCAAGGGUCUCAACUGCAGAAGCGGGACAGUUUCGCGCAGGCUACCGUAAAUAAUGCACCGACUGUAUCAACUGAGCAGAACAAGCCGCCCGUGCUUAAGAAAACCCACAGCGAAUCCCCGACUGGGGUCCCAAUCUCUUCUCCCACACACAAAUCAACCCAGGCGUCAGUUGAGGGACGGGUAGAUUCCAUCACCAUCACCAAUAUCGACGUAAAAUCCGCUGCGGUUCCCUCUCGGACAGGGCAUUCGCCUCAGGCAUACAAAUAUCCACCACUGAGUUCACAGCCGGGUGUUGAGCUAUCAGAUCCCACCUUUUCUCGCUCUGUUAGUCUGAGCAACCGAACCACCAGCUCCCCGGCGGGCCAGUCAGCCAGUACUUUCAGCCCCUCGGAUUACCAUACGCACCGGAGUCAUCCAUCGACUAGCAUGUCUCUACAUUCGGGCGAAACAGGUCAACAGAACCGAGGACGUCAUUCUGUAAAUGAAACGACAAUCAUAUCUAGCUAUAUGGAUGGGCAGUCGCUGGCAAAUCCGGCACCAUAUGCACCGAUGCCUGGGGAUGGAUACGCGGGUAUCUUGGCGCCAGCAGUGACAACUUCAGCGCCGGCGACAUUGGACACCGUGAGUACUUUUGAUGCCUUGGACACUGUUCCCGGUAUGAUGGCUCCGGGGUCAACGGGGGCAGACCCUGGUUUUGACGCUCUGGCCUCCUGUGUCUACCCGAUUUUUGGCGGAGAGACGCACAACCGGUCUCCCUUCGCAAUGCCCGAGGAUUUCACAGCGUGGCUGUUCAAUGACCCUCUUCCCAGCUCGUCCUCGAUGGGCUACCCAUCUGCAACCAACAUGAUCCCGAACUACCUCAAUGCGAUCCAGCUGCAGAACCAGUUUUUGCUGGGCGAUCCUGGAUACGGGAGUUUCAUGAACGGAGUAAUUCCGCACGAUCCGAUGAGCGUGACUAGUAUCCUGGACGCCGGGUCUUCACGAAUGAGCCUCUCAAAUGAAAAGAGACAGGAGCUUCUUGCGCUUAUGGGUUCACGUUUUAAUGAAGCAGCAUACUCAGCAGUUGCAAAACGGAAGGAUGCUUUGAUGGAAGGUGAUAUGAAUGACGACCGCCAUGUCCUAGGACCGCGCAUGAUGGAGGCCUAUAUCGCAUCGUACUGGCAUCAUUUCCACCCUCAAUUACCCAUCUUGCAUCGUCCGUCAUUUGUCUUGAACAAAGCCCCAAACCUGCUUCUGCUGGCUGUCAUAGCUAUUGGAGCGUCUACCCUGGACAAGAUGUAUGGAUCAGACGUCACUGAGACCGCAGCUGAGCUGGCGAACUUUAUUGCAUGGCAUUUACGUUGGGAGUUGUUCAUGGAUGCCGACUUUCGGCCUCCAGCCAAGCUGUGGGUCUUCCAGGCACUACUCCUCCUCGAAGUGUACGAGAAGAUGUACUCCACCCGUGCACUGCAUGAGCGAGCGCAUAUACAUCAUGAUACUACCCUUACGUUAAUGCGGCGUGGCAGUUCGUUGAUUGGCCGCUCUGCACUAGAUUCCCCCGCGAGCCUUAGAGACGAUCGACAAAGUCGCUCAGUAACCGGGUCGACGUUGACUCCCGAUUUCGUGGCGGAAGAGUCAUGGACUCACUGGAUCAAAGCCGAGGCUACAAGGCGGGUAGCAUUUGCAGCCUUUGUGUUAGACUCUACGCAUGCGACCAUGUUUGGACACUCAGCCAAGAUGGUGGCCCACGAGCUGCGUCUGCCUCUUCCGUGCGAUGGAGCGCUAUGGUCUGCAACCAAUGCCUCUGAAGUGGCUCGAGUGCAAUCCAGUCUACAUGCGAAUGGAGUCAAACCUCUCAUGUUUUUGGAUGGUCUUAAAAGGACGCUCAAUGGCCAGCCGGUCCGAACCAAUGCAUUUGGACGCACCAUUCUUAUGGCAGGCUUGCUGAGUGUCAGCUGGCACAUGAACCAGCGUGAUCUCCAGGUGAGUUCGCUGGGUGUGCUGCAGGCAUUGGGUGGUCGCGAUAAGUGGAGGUCCGCCUUACUGCGGGCUUUCGACAACUGGCGACGGGAUUUCGACGAGGCUUUGGGAACGUCGGAGCCAGGAUCGUUUACCGGGGGUUACCGAGCGCGACAUCCUUGGGACGAAGCCAAUGUAUUCGAAUCGCGCGAUGUCUUGCAUGGACUUGCACAUAUGGCCUCCCAUGUCGACAUUGUGGAUUGCCAGGUUUUUGCCGGAGCUGGGCGGCUCAUGGGGCGCGCCAUCACCCGAAAGGACUACGACGGGGCGCGCGAAAAAAUGAACCGAUGGGCAACUAAGGCCACGGCCCGCGACGCCACAUUCUACGCUCUGAGGUUUCUGUCUGAGUGUCUGUUGGACGAGGAGCGGGUGCUCGAUAAUGAUGAAGCCUACUCGGGACGGGAUGACUACCUGCUCAACCGACCAUGGGUCCUUUAUGUUGCUGCUCUCGUGGUCUGGUGCUACGGGUACGCUCUCGAAGGCCCGCUCAAUCACCCCGUCAAAUUGGUUCGACCUGCAGAGCAGCGACAUGACAUGCAGCAGUUCUUGCGGCGGGUUGGCGGAGUUCGCGAACCCAGUGACCUUGAGGGGAUGAAAGGAUGCAAUCAAUGUAUGGGGUUGCUGAUGGUUCUCCGCAAUGGGUUCACGAACACUCGCUGGGAGCUACUGACUGAGGCGGCCAAUUUACUCAGCAGCUGUAUCGACAAGCUGAAUGGCGGCGCAGCCGCGUAA